ACGGCCUUAGAUGCCGACGUUCGCUCGCGACUCGACUAUACUAGCAUAUUUCUUUCCAGCCACGGUGCUUUUCCUCACUACACUCGUGGUUCUCUUUCAAGUACGCCUUCUUCGAAAUAACUGUUCAGCCUGGAGUAAUCAAUGGGCGAGCCAUUCGACCCAGAUGCAGGCCAUAAGGUUCCCGGAAACCAACAGUAUGGAGUUGGUAUACGGAAAGGGUUCGAUGGGAGAGGUCCGAGCAGCUCAAUGGGACCGAUGUCAGUGUCGCGUGCACGACGCAAGAUCGACAACUGAUAUGCAUCAGGCCUCCACACUCGCACUUUGAUCACAUGACCAAGCAACAAGGGUAUCCGAACCACUCCUCCAACCCGUUCGGUCAACCAGUAUUCGACAUGUCAGCCUUGAGCGAAGCUUUACCGCAGAGCACACCAUACGGGCCAAACGACCCGAGUAUUCUAUCGGCUGCAGCGAUCUAUCAUCUGCAGCAAGCCGCACGGUAUUCAGGUCAACGUGGCUUACCGGUCGACCCAGCUGUGUUCCAAACGUACCAACAGCCUGUCUCUUUCCAACAGCAUUCGCCGACCAAUCGACCUUACGGUGGUGCGCUUCAAUCCAACGUCCACGCAUACGGUUACGGUGCUAGCCCACCACGAGCUGUUUACAGCGAUGAGCGUUUCACCAAUGCGGCAUUUCUUACCAGUUGUAUUGCAGCCGGACCCGCUCGACACCAGGUUUCGGAGCCAGCGCCUGUCCCAGCCUACCCAAGAGGCCCACCGAGAAAGCCGAAGCAAUCUGGCCACGCUCUAUGGGUUGGCAACCUUCCGCCAGCCGCGACGGUCACCGACCUCAAGAACCACUUCUCUUGCGAUGCGACGAAAGAUAUCGAGAGUUUGUUCUUGAUUGCAAAAAGCAAUUGCGCGUUCGUGAACUAUCGGACCGAGGCCGCUUGUAUCGCCGCCAUGAAUCGCUUUCAUGAUUCGAGAUUCCACGGGGUGCGGCUGGUGUGUCGCUUACGGAGGGGCUCUACAAUCUCUGGGAACUCCUCGACGCUACCAGAGUCUUCCAGCCCUCUCCCGACGGGCUCCCCUGAUGGGGUUGCGCUUCCGGAUGGCCACAGUACUCCGAUCAUUGUAGGGCAAGGCCGUGCUACGGAAGAGUCUCAGACGGGCCAUAUGUCGUCAACACCACCCAUGACUGACGGCGAGACGAAGGUGCCCGAGAAGUAUUAUAUCUUGAAGAGUCUCACUGUUUCCGACCUGGAGUCAAGCGUUAGAAAUGGGAUUUGGGCCACGCAGGCACAUAAUGAAGAGACACUGAACCGAGCAUUCGCACAUGCUGAAAACGUAUAUCUUAUCUUCUCCGCCAACAAAUCAGGUGAAUACUUCGGUUACGCUCGCAUGUCGUCUCCGAUCUCCGGUGAACUGGUGAACCUUUCAGCAAGUGUUGAGCUCGACGACGCGACACCGGCCGGAACACCACAAUCGAUACCAACGCCAGCAACGGACACGGCGCCGAAGGGUCGCAUCAUCGAUGAUUCAGCACGCGGCACUAUUUUCUGGGAGGCAGACUUGUCAGACGACGACACGACGCCGCUGACGAUCGGAAACAGGGAAGGCCAGCAAUGGGGUCGACAGUUUAGAGUCGAAUGGAUCUCGACCUCUAGGCUCCCUUUCUUCCGCAUACGGGGCCUUCGCAAUCCGUGGAAUGCGAAUCGUGAAGUCAAGAUUGCAAGAGACGGGACGGAGUUGGAGCCGAGUGUCGGGCGUAGGUUGCUCUCCAUAUUCCCUCGGCCUGCGCCAGUACCGAGCGGUGCGCCAGGAUACCCAUCUCCCUUCACUGCAUAUCGAUAGACCGUCUCCAGUUCCAUCCGGCAGCUGGACUCGACGCUGUAGAGCCGUGUCUACGAGCCGGUGGUUAUACUCUAUUGUCCAUGCUUGGAGUCGGUAGUUCUGUGGACGACAGGGAGGGAGUAUUUGAGUCAAAGAGACCUGCAUAGCGUACUUUAUCUGUCUGCGGAUGGGUUGUGGUGGAUGAUGCAGGGAUAACCGCAGACACACCUGGUCUGUAGGUCUCAAUGCGGUCAGUCACGCUCUUCGGAGCACAAGCUGGCUUGUCCAUGGUUGCGCUCAGUCGCCGCUACAAGCAACACCAUCCUUCCGUUGCAGCAGUGAGUCACCGCAUACAGCUUGUGCUCUCUGCCACCAGUCUCAGCCUCGAGGUGGCCGAGAGCGUGGAGUCUAGCCAAAACUUGGUGAGGAAUCCUUUGCCGCAGACGCAUCGGUAGCCAUUCGAGA